AUGGUCCAAUUAACAAGGAGGCUAACGGGCCACCUGCACACAAAAUUCAAUAAAGAAUCGGAUAAUGUUGCUGGAUCGCGAAAUACCAAGCCCAAUCUGUCUAAAAAGGAGGCACUCGAGACGCCACGCAAAACCCGCGAAUAUUCAACAGACAUAGACGCAGACCCUAAAAGUAGCGACGAGGACGAUGUGAUAUCAAUUGGCUCUGAUACCUCGCCCCAGCGACCCAGGAAGGAGAAGAGGUCAUUUCAACGACUGGAUGAAAAACUCUCAAAUAACACCAACAAUGUACCUUUAACAGCAAAGAGGUCCUUUGCGGAGGAUGUUGACGACAAUGAGUACGUCUUCAAUUCAUCGCAACGCAACACCAAGCGAAAAAAACAGACAACUUUCGGAAGAACAAAGUCGUUCUCGUCCACUGCCCCCCUCUCCAGCGCACGUUCAGUUGAAGCGCAAGGGAAUGAUUCACCGAAACCCAAGGCCAGCGCUCCCACACAACCACUAGCCAAGAAGGGCAAAUCAAAGAAGGGCGAAAGCAAGAAGGGUGCAAGCAAGAAGGGCAAAGCUAUUUUGAAAGUACAUUCGUCUGACUCAGAGCCGGAGGUCGUCGCCAUCAAAGAUGCCACACCAGUCGAGACACCCGCCCCAAGCCCCAGCCCCGAGGUGAGGAGGAGCCCAUCGCCAAGAUUCAAACUGCCUCCCACAAUACCACUAGACGACAUUUUCUAUACCUCUUCAUUUGGCGCUUCCAAUCCCAACCAGCUCGACGCCGGUUUCUCAUCUGACUCCGCUCUAUCCCCCGCCACCUCCAUCAGCUGCCCAUCUCCUUCAAGAUCGCCAUCACCACCACGCAAAGCACUAUGUCCCAUGUGCAAGGCUGAGGUGGAUCCAGAGCUACUACGGCAGUUUAGGGAACAGCCAAAUCAGCGGCUCCGCGAUCAGGAACGAUUCUGCACUUCGCAUAGUCAAGAAUCCGCUACGAAGGAAUGGGAGGCACGGGGGUACCCCGAUAUCGAAUGGGAUACCUUUGAGCAACGCCUGGAUGGACAUUUCCCCGAUCUGGAAAGGUUUUUGAACCCGGAAGAGCCAUCGUAUUAUCGCAACAUCCUUGACAGCGCCCACAAGGCUGGAAAAAGCCUGCGUCUUACCCUCGACGGCGAUGGUAUCGAGACUAUCUCUUGUGGAUACUAUGGAUCAAAAGGCGCCCAGAAAAUGUUGUACGUGGUUAUGGACCGCUUCGCGGUGAGGUUACGCCGACUGGCCAAAAACGAUUCUCUUGUUGCCAAGGUGGGCAUAGCCGGAUAUGCACAAUCGGUCAUCGUCCCUGAGCUCGCCACGCGGCUCAUCAAGCAAGAUAUGGGCGUUGCGGCUAGCAUUGCGCGUGAAAUCAUGAGAGAUAGUAUCGAGAUUGGAGAAAAGCUCAACCCCCAGGCGAACGAUCACGUGCCCUUUGAUCCUGCCGAAGAAGAAGUGUACUAG